GUGACUAUAAUGGAAAGCUGAUUAAGUUAACACCCUGGGACCAAGUAGGCUAUUGUUCCAAUGAACUUAUUUUGAGAAAUAACCUGAAAAAGAAAAGGAAGGUUUUAUUUUUAAAAGCUCUCUAUUUGAAGGGGGUUGGAGUUUGAAUGUCUUGACAAAUUACUGGGUGUGCUGACCAAAGCUGGCUCUGGUGAAGAGAAUUAUUGAUGUGAGAUUGGGUGAUGCUGAGGACAUGUCCCGUCCAAGGAGAAAUUGUCAAAGUUCCUCUAGCAAGUUUGUGUAUGAAACAAUCACCCCCAGGACCACCAAAGGGAUCUUUUCAGCUCAUGUAGUGGGUGUGGAGGAUUCUGAGGAUGGGUCUACAGACAAUGCUGAAGAUUCUGUCUAUAGCUGUCACUCUUGGUCUGCCAGUGAAUCUGGGGAAGAGAAGGAGAAGACGCAGAGUGAUGAUAAACUUGAUCCCUUUCAGAAGCAGAUGUUAAGGGAACACCAAGAAGCCCUGGCCAAAACAGAAGUUCAAGUCAACAAGAUCAAUGUGAUCAAAGAACGAGACAGGAGGAAACGGAUUAAAAGCAGCUGUGAUCAGCUGCGUGAUCUGCUGCCAAAGUUUGAAGGACGAAGGAAUGAUAUGGCAUCUGUCUUGGAGAUGACCGUGAAAUACCUGGAGCUUGUUCAAACCCUUAUCCCGCCUCAAGAACAAUUGAGAAUUUUAUCCAUACCUGAAGGGCUAUAUGAAAAAUGGCAAAAGCCGACUCCAGAGAGAAGCAAGAAGACAAAAGGGAAAAGAAAAACGUGCAUCAGCAAAAAGGACCCAAUGAAAACUUGCACAAUUCAAACUCCAAAAGGGAAAAAGCAAGCCUUGGCUGAAAGUUCAGGAAUCUCUCUGAAUUUUCCACAACUGAGCAUCCCAACUGUUUCAGAGCUGCAACCAACACUUCCAGUCACUAACUCUUCUGAACAACAUGUGCCACAUCCAACCAACUGUUUAUCAACCAAAUGGUUUACAACUCUCCCUGGUGCAGAUCAAAACCAUCAAAAUCUUCUGAACACCAGUUCUAAAACGCUUGCUUCAGUCCCACCAAAUGGCUCUACAGUGGAAAGUUCGACUCAACAAGAUAAUCUGAGUUUUGACAUUCCAGAUCAAUGGAAAGGCAUGCAAGACUCUGGUAAUUCCAGCACCACCACUGCAAACAAAAGCUUGGAGAUUCCAGCAUCAACUGUGGAUCCAGACACUUCAAUUCACACACAACAGGCUUUGCCUUCAAAAGCAAAACCAGAAUCUCUCAAAUCAUUCCAAGCCUUGGAUUUAAAUAGGCUAAUGACUGACAAGUCACUGGGAAACUGGCCAGAAGUGGAUUUGCCAGCAACAACAAAUGAAAAUGACCUGUGUCCUGAAGAAGUAGCUAUGGUGGACUUGAUCUUCUUAAGUUUAUAACCAAUCUAAACCUUGAUUAUUUUCAAAUAACUCGCUUGUCCAACAAGUAGGCAUUUCUGGUACAAACAUUACUAGCAUAUAGGUACUAAGCCAAGUAAUGCUAGGGAAUCCUCACAAACAUUAUGUAAUUAUCUGUUUUGUGGAACUAGUCCAUAUCAACACACUUUAGCUGUUGCAUGCACUGAACCAGUGCCUACUUCAAAUGUAGUGUUUGAAUUGAAUUUCUUCUGGCUGCAGGACUAGAAAGAUCCCAUUUGUCUGUACUAUUGUAUUUGUAUGUGUCUGCACUGUAGCAUACUUGAGAAUGAUGCCAAAUGUUAUGUUGAUUUUAAUCUGAUCAAUGAUAACUUGCUUUACAGUGAAUGUUGGUAUCUCAUACUUUGGGUUGAGACUGUUAAAACAUCUUGCAUGUACAAUAUUUCCUCUAUCCUGAAAGGGGUUAGAGAUAUUAAAGUGAAGCAGCAUCUGUUGAUGGUUAA